UCCUUUGCAGAUGUCGGUUGUGUCCGCGCUCCGGUGACUUCACUUCCUCAGAAAUCCUGAAUCAGGGGCCUCGACUUUCUCGGAGCCUGCUCGGGCACACACCUGUGCGCUAUCUCCCUCCACUGGCGAGUAACGACUUGGCAAGCGAUUGGCAAUAAUAGCGGUCAUCAGAAUGAGAGCAAAUGUCAACCGGGCAGCGUGUCGUCCCCAUUGAAAGUCCUUUUCCGUGGCACUAGGACAACAUUUUGAACUGGAACUGGCAACUAAGUAGCACCGCCUGUGGCCAUCAACAUGACUCUUCUGCAGAGACUCCAGGCCAUGUCGGCCAGCACAACCAGGACGAUAUUGGAGGGCAGCAUCGAUAGCAUCGGUGGUACAAAGGAGCCGCUGGCGGGCAGACUGCCCGUGCUGGAGGAGUCCGCCUCGCAUGCCCGUUAUUUGAAAUUCAUCGCCGACGGGCUCAUCGACGAGGGACUGGGCAUUGCGGUGGGCAGCGGGAGCAGCAUCGCCUUGUCCGUAGAAGAUGUCGUCGCCGGACAGGCACAGGACGUCCAGGCGGGCGAGGGAUCCACCGACGACGCCGACGGCAGCAGCCAUCUGGCAUUAGUCUUCGUCAAGUGUUUCAUUAUUGGUUUCAUCAUACUGGCCGCCAUCCUGGGCAACAUGCUGGUAAUAGUGUCCGUCAUGCGCCACCGGAAAUUGCGCAUCAUUACCAACUACUUUGUGGUCUCGCUGGCCGUCGCCGACAUGCUGGUGGCCCUCUGUGCGAUGACAUUUAAUGCUUCCGUCAUGAUCUCGGGCAAGUGGAUGUUCGGAUCGGUGAUGUGCGACAUGUGGAACAGCUUCGACGUCUACUUCUCCACCGCCAGCAUCAUGCAUCUCUGCUGCAUCUCCGUGGACAGAUACUACGCCAUCGUCCAGCCGCUGGACUAUCCCUUAAUCAUGACGCAGCGGCGCGUGUUCAUUAUGCUCCUGAUGGUGUGGCUUUCCCCAGCACUACUCUCGUUCCUGCCCAUCUGCUCAGGGUGGUACACAACGACCGAGAACUACAAGUAUCUCAAAUCGAAUCCGCACAUAUGCGAGUUCAAAGUGAACAAGGCGUACGCCAUAGUCAGCUCGUCGAUGAGCUUCUGGAUUCCCGGCAUCGUGAUGCUAUCGAUGUACUACCGCAUUUACCAGGAGGCCGACCGGCAGGAGCGCCUGGUCUACAGAUCCAAGGUGGCCGCCCUGCUGCUCGAGAAGCAUCUGCAGAUUAGCCAAAUUCCCAAGCCGCGGCCGAGCAUCCAGGUGGAGCAGUCGACCAUCUCGACGAUGCGGCGGGAGCGGAAGGCCGCCCGCACCCUGGGCAUCAUCAUGAGCGCCUUCCUCAUCUGCUGGCUGCCCUUCUUCCUCUGGUACAUCGUAUCCUCGCUGUGCGAUAGCUGCAUCACUCCGCGCCUCCUCGUUGGCAUCCUGUUUUGGAUCGGCUACUUCAACUCGGCCCUGAACCCCAUUAUUUAUGCAUACUUCAAUCGCGACUUCAGGGCCGCCUUCAAGAAGACCCUCAAGAGCCUCUUUCCCUACGCCUUCUACUUCUGUCGACGCAACAGGGGGCGGGACGACGACCGGGAUCUGGAGUUCGGCGGUCCCAGUCGGCGGGGAACCAAUGGAGCCCGGGCCGGUUCCGGAUCCGCUGAGCUGCCCAACUGCAUCAACUCGACGGCCUCGUCGGAGAUCCACAUGAGCGUGAUGCGGGCCCGCCAGUAUGCCGUCAAUGUCACCCCCACCACGGACGCCCAGAUGCAACAGCUGCACCCCCUCUACACCAACUAGAUCUACCUACACCCAUGGCGUACACACUUGAUCUCAACUCCUGUGCUUCACAACGUCUGUUCAUGAGUGCGCAGUGCACUCCAAGUGUUCUCCAGAAACCAGAUUGCCAGCUUACAAAUAAAUUUGCCCGAUAGGUGGAAAAAACAUUCCUCAAAAUGGCUGCUAAGAGGGCUAAAAAGAAUUUAACCACAAAUAAAACAGCUAAAGCAACAGCAACAAUACGACAAUCCCACAGAUUAUAGAAAGCCUUCAACAACAGCAAAUUAACGUGCAAAAUGAAUUGAAAUACAAAUAGAAAUAUUUCGACAUACUUAUUUACGUGUCAUGGAGUCAGAAAUUUCAUAAAGAGAUGUUUAUAAAUGCGCAUGCAACAAUAGAUAUAUGAAUUGAAUGUUUGAUAUACGUAUAUAAAAAGCGAGAUGUUAAACCAAAAAAAAAACUAAAUAUGCGAUAUGCAGGGUUUGAAAUAAUACUCUAAAGUAAAAAGUAAAUGAAAAGCUAGAGUUUCACAGUAGGUUAAAGGUCUGGUUGAAAGGUUUUUUAUGCAAAAUAUAUGUUAUGUUCGCAUGCAAAAAGUUUGGACUUCAAUAUUUAUUGUUUUAUCUAAUAUUUUAAAUUGACGUUAACGACUUUCCAAAUAUUUGUUGUACAUUUAUUCGAUUAGCGAAUAAAGACUGGCCAGUAAUCAGUGACUCAUUUGAAUUACACGUUUUUUAGAUAUUCAAAGCAUUCAACCAGGUCUUAAAUCUACUGUUAGUUACCUACAACUAAUGUUAGGAACGCGUUCUUAUUUUUUGCAUAACUCACUUUCUCGAUUCUUUAAAAAGUAAUGAGAAAGAUAAUUUGAUUCGUUCAAGACAUUAAAAUAAUCUAGUUCAUUUAACCAAAAUCAAAUUAUAUAUGUCAUAAUACAUAACCAAACAAAAAGAUUCAUUCGUAUGAUAUAAAACAUAGAAGCUAAAGCACGACUAACAUAUCCAUUGGGUCUUUUAGCCUCAACUUUAAUGUUUCCCGACUUUGAGUCCCACACUGUUGUUGUAGUCCAGUUAGCGCUCUAGAGCUAUAUAUUAUAUACGAACUAUACCUGUAGCUAAGUACAUGUGUACCUCCCUCUCUGCAAAUAGAUGCAACCGACAUUCAUGGAACUGUUUUGUAAUCUUUUGAGCAAGUGUGACUAAUUCCUAUAUCGCUAUUCUCUUGCCUGGACAAUCUUAACGAAGCACAAUAAACUAAAUCUCCAGACUCCAAGCCUGUUUAGUUGACUUUCGCUUUCGCCUCGAAAUUAGUUGAGUAGGAGAUAUAAGAGAAAUUAUCAGUAACUGCCACGCCCCCUCGCCGAAUUUGUCACCGCAAUUGCGCUCAUAAAUCAAAGGUGUUUUUAGCGGAAAGCUGGCUAAAAUUGUUUGCAGAAUAUAUAUACGAUAUAUAUAAAACGAUGACUUUUUCUUACGAUUCACAGUCAUUAUUUAAAGCGCCGGCUUAAGAGCUCACCGCCGUCGACAAAUGAGCAUCUGCCGUCUCUGUCGGCGUGACUACCCCUACUACACCCUACUUCUCCCCGCCCUACAGUGGGCGUGUCAAUAUUUGCUUUAUUUAACUCUCGACGCUUUGUUUAAACUACGGAACGCCCACAAAAAAGUUGGCAGUCAGCAGCGUUGAUAACAUUUGAAAUGUAGCCAAAUAUUGUUAACUAAAUUAACGUCGAAUGAUAAGAAGCUGAAGUACAAAACACGAAUGCUCUUUAAAGUUAAAACAGUUUUGCCUGGACUAAAAUAACUUUAUAAUAUUUAUUUCUGGUUACAAAAGUGAUUUCUUUGUUGCCACAAGUGUUUCCAGGUGCGUUGCACUUUAGUAGAAGGUGCAUCCGUUGAACGAGGAAGUACGAGUAUAUAUCUUUGAAGUACCGCUGUGUUUAAUCAAAAAAAGUUAAGAUUUGUGGAAGUCAUACAAAAAUAAUUCGAACUAUUUAUAGCUUACAUAUGAAAUAUGUUUAUUAAAAUUUAAGCACACAUAGUUUGUUAAGUUGUUCAUCAAUUAUCAUUUUCAAACAGUAUUCAGCAUCAGAAUUUAAAACAUUAUAUGAUUUACAAAAGUAUUUCCACACUUCAAUAGCCCUGAUACCCUUAUAAAUUAAAGUGUUUUGCCGGAGAAGUAUGGCACGUGUCCGUAAACCACCUGGAUCACAGCGUCAAUAACAAAAACAGCCAUAAUUAACAAAAAUACGAUUUAGUUUAACCGCAAAUUGGCAUGUCAACUCAUGGGAGCAUGUGACUCUCGAAUAAAAACAAACUAAACAGUUCGCGUAAAUGUCGAAAAGUAAAUAAUUAAAUUAUGGCAAUUAGGUAAAGCUCACGACGAUUACAAUCGCCUGGAAAAGUAUGCUGACGAGUCAUUCCAUGAUGCAAUCCCAGAUAAGUUGACAAUUCACGCACAUUCCAGAUAAAUCCCCACAUCCCAUGGGUGACAAUGACUUGUGAAAUUACUUCUGCCAGCGACUGUAUUGCGAUCUUAUAUGACUGAUUCAUUUUAUUUCGUUUUUUACGAUGCGAGUAGAGAUACAAGGUACCUAAGACAUAACCAUUUAAAGCUGAAAGAGGCUCAAUGUUCAAAUGAAAUUACCGAUUCAGAUGCACUCAAAACACUCGAAGCCAAAACAAAUUAAAUGUCCAACAGAAACGCUGAGCUGAAGCUUAUUUUGUAACAGAAAUUCAAACUGAGUGUCUAAUAAUAAUGGUAGUCAAAUAAUUGUUGAAUAUUGUACGUAUUAUGCAUGUGUAUAGUUGAAGUCAAUGCCAUGUUAAGCAAAAAAUAAAUAAAAGAGAAUUUUAAAAUCAGACCACAUAGAGGUAAUGAAAAAUUAAUGCGAAACUCAUAUAUUCAUGCGUAACUCGGCCACAUGGCAUUAAAUAUAAAAUGCAAAUAAAAGUGACAGCAAGACGAAAAUGUUAAUUAACUUGUGAAAAAUAUUUACAAAACCACAAAAAAAGGAAAAAACAACUAGCACGGAUCUUGUGGUCGAUUGUCGGUCAAUUUCGGAAUUGUACUCAGAUACCUUCCAAGUUUCACGAACAGCAAAACAUUAGGCGAAACCCUUCGACUUAAGUAAAUGUUAACAUGUGCGUUUUUCAGUGGAAACUAUAUUAAAUUAUACAUAUAUAUUUAUUAUACAAAGGGAUAUGUUUACGGUGUAUGCAUGUAUUGUAUAUAGUAUCUCGAUACAUAUAAAUUAAUGAAAUGAAGCAAUUACAAUCGUAUGGAAUAAAAGUAAAGGUAAUAAUAAAAAGGUUCAAAACAUCA